AUGCGAGGGAUAUGGAGCCUAGUGAUUACCCUAGCGGUAAUUCUACAAAUCGCUCUAGUAUCGGGAAAGGCGUUAUUACCACAAGAUCAACAUGCUCAGCAACAGUUAGAACAGAAAGGACAAACGAAUUCUGCUCAGAAACGAAUCGGAUACGAUUACCCUGCGCCGUCAAAUGAUUUAGUCAAUCCUUUCCAAGAUCAUGACAAUUUACAUCCACACGAUGGCCACCAUGAAGUUGUCGAUGAACAUGUUGAUGAAUAUCAUGGCCAUGACGACCACAGUCAUCAUUUAGAAGAACAUCAUAUUGAAGAACAUCAUGACCAUCAGGAUCACCACGAUCCCCACGACCACCACGAUCACCAUGAUCACCACGACCAUCACGAUCCUGGAUAUUGGAAGAAGAAGCUAAUAUGGAAACCAGGAUGGAAGAAAAUUUGGAAACCAGCCAAAAAACAAAUUUGGAAGCCAUCUUGGAAAAAGAUUUGGAAGCCAAUCUGGGUGCCAACGAAAGUGCCUGUGUGGAAAGAAAUCAAAGUUCCAGACUGGAAAAAAAUUUACAAGCCAGAAUGGAAACCUAUAAAAGUGCCCGCUUGGAAAGAAGUUAAGGUUCCCGAUUGGAAGAAAAUAACCAUUCCUGUUUGGAAAGAUAUUGUUGUUCCUGGAUGGAAAGAUAUUCAAGUACCUGCAUGGAAGAAACUAUGGAAACCAGAGUGGGUAAAGGUUGGUAUACCCGGCGAAAAAUAUUUAGGUAAAGAUCAUGAAGGUUGGGAAUAUACAUCUCACGACUUAUGGAAAAAAAAGUUAAUAUGGAAACCUUUAUGGAAAAAAUACUGGAAGCCAGCUAAAAAGCAAAUUUGGAUUCCUGAUAAAAAAUUAGUCUGGAAAGACCAGUGGAAGCAAAUAUGGAAGACAGAAAAACAAAAAAUUUGGAUUGAUGACAAGAAACUCGUAUGGAAAGAAGCUUGGCAGCAGAUUUGGAAGCCAUCGAAAAAACUAAUUUGGGUGCCCGACAAAAAGCUAGAAUGGAAAGAAGCAUGGAAACAGAUUUGGGUUCCGGACUGGAAAGAAAUUUGGGUACCAGGAGUAAAGAAGAUAUGGAGACCUGUAUGGAUAUCUGAGUGGUUCCCUUCGCCUGAUCAUCACGAACAUGUACACAGUUGGGACAGAAACGACAAUAGCUUAGCUGCCAGUCAAAAAUCAGUAGCAGUGCAACCAGCUCCACAACAACCACAACAGCAACAACAACAACAAUCAAUCUGGCAGUUUCCAAAAUAAUUUAUUAAAAGCUUAAGAUAUAGUCGUAUAUGUGUAAAUAUGAGUCAAAGAUUACCUUUUAAG